CGAAGAUAAGUGUUCCAGGGAGCAUCAGUAACAAGCGCCAGCAGAGUCUGUAGGCACUAAGGAGGACUUGAGAGAACCAGCCACUGAGCCCACACGGAAGGUACAUGGCGUCGCUUGGCAAUGCAGGAGCCGGAGCAAACGGGGCGGGUACGACUAUCUACUUCAAUUGCAAUCAAGCCGGCCAUAUUGGGAGGGACUGCCCGGUGGGCAAGGGACAAGGUACCUUCACCAACAAUGCGAAGUACUGGCAGUCCAAGAAGGAGAGUGAAGACAACAUAAACCGAGUGGUUAGAUGGGCAGACUACAAGAUGCAGAAGGAAAUGGAGGAAGAGGAAAACAAGAAGGCAGAGGAGGAGAGAAGAAGGAUCGAAGCGGAGCGAAGAAAGCAACAUCUGGAAGAGGAGAGAUGGGAUGAGAAGAUACGAAGGAUGUUUGCUGAAACCGAGAGGAGAAUGCAGGAGGAAUGCGACCGGAGGGACAAAAAGAUUGAGGAGGCCGAGCUCAGGACGAUUGCUGCAGUUUCAAGGGAUCUACGAAAUUUCCGAGCCGAAAUAAGGACGGAGAUCCAGAUGGCGAUAGCAGUUAACCCCAAGACUCCGAAACGAGAUAGGGAUGCAUUCGCAAAUGGACUCGACACUUACCUCAUGGAGGAAGAAGCUCUGACAGAUGACGGGGCGAAAGUACCGCCGAAAAGAGCAAGAGGGAAGCGAAUAGCGAAGAACUACGCAGCGCUGGACGAUUGGGAAGAGGAAGCGAGAGUCAUGUCAAGAGCAGACUACGAGAAGAGUCUGAGAAGGAAGGCGAGUACGCCAAUGAAGAACGGCACCGAGCGAAGGAGAACCCAACCUCUUGCAGUAAAGAUCGUAGCAUAUGAUGAAGUCAGCAGCAGCGAGGCAGAGCUCCUGAAGGUAAUGAAAAGCGAAUUCGAGGAUCGUGGUCUGCACAAGGUACUGAACUGGAACCCGAAAGGGAAGUUUGGCAACGCGUAUGUGCUACCCAAGCACAAAGAUCUUGAAAGGUGGCGGCCUAUUGCUCUAGCGUGCAGCGAGCCGACGACGACUGGCAGUAGGUGGAUUGCGAGAGCGCUCAACUAUUUGUUGGAGAAGCUUCCUGGAGCAGAGCAUUUCAACCUCACUGCUACUGCUAAUCUUAAGCAAAUAUUGAAGAGUGCAGAGAAGAAACUCCAGCAAUAUGGGAAGGACACACUGACUAUCAGUGGGGGAUUCGACAUUAAGGAGAUGUUUACAUCCCUCCCACACUCUGCAAUCAUGGAAGCACUCACCUGGCUACUGGGAGAAUGGGAAAAGAAAGGCUAUCAGAGGAUCGCGGUGUGCAAGAGGAGGAAACAAGUUACUCUCGGCAGAAAGACGUUCGGGAAAGGCUAUGUCAAGCUUUCCUUCAGCCACAUCCGCAGCUUCAUAUCAUUCGAGUUACAACAUACCUACACUAAGUGUAGAGGGAGGCCGCUCAGGCAAGUUAUCGGAGUGCCAAUGGGGAAGAACUCCAGUCCCCCGCUGGCCUGUUUACUUUGUGCGAAGUAUGAAGUUGGUUUUCUGAGAUCGCUGGGAAGUGACCGGAAACUUGUCCACGGAGUGAGAUUCAUGGACGAUGCGAUGCUCGCGGUCGUGUGUAACCGGAGAAAGGAGAACUCUGUCAGCAGGGCGCUGGAGAUUUUACGGAGUUUUGGAAACUGCUAUGGGGAUAAGUUGUCACGGUUUGUCGAGUUUGUACAGGUCACGCGCAUACGUGUAACUGACUGGAUCAAGGAGGGACGUACUAGGUCCAGAGACCGCGGCGCCAAGAGUGCAGGCAUAAGUCCAAGUGUUGCCCGUUGCAAAGUGCUCUCUCGAUCUCAGCAUCAUCAACACAAUGCCAUGAUGGCUUUAUCUGUAAGACGUGCAACCAAGCGGGCAAGGUCAUUGAUUGCCCAUUCCAAGGAAUCGAAGCACAUAGCAGAGUCAGCAGACACUGGCGGUCAAGCAGAUUCCAGCAACUCGUAUGACGUCAAUACAAUGGAUUGGUUGAAGCUGGCGGGAAUUCUCUUCGCUUCUGGGUGCAUUCUUGGUCCACUUCUCGAUGGGAUUCAUUCCUGCGUUGAUCUAGUUGUUUAUGACAAAGGUGCUGUAGCCAUCGGCCCCACAACGACUUUUGCUCUCAAGACUAAUUUUUGGGUUGCCCCUCUUUUGGGUGCUUUUCAUGCUGUAGUUGGCACCUGUCAUGUAUUCGUGGAGAAACUUGCAAAGAAGCCUGGCCAGGAGCAGGACAACGUUACGUCUUUUUCAGACGUUGCGCUAUCAAUGGGAGCUAUGUCAGCAGUUCUUGGAACAAGCUCUAUCCUUUAUCAUAACAGUGUUCAGUUUGAGAGGACGGUGGAAGUUCCACCUGGCACAUCAGGCGACGACACGUGGGUGUAUGGGGUUUUCUCCGUUGAUGUGACAGCGCGUUCUUCAAUGGGGGAGAUGGCUCCAAUAACUGAAUCACAGCAGGGUGCGGACAAGUGGCUGCUGACCAUUCAGGAGGGUUGCGCUCGCUUGCGAAGCAUCAUGGACGCUUUGUUCAUGAGGGGAGGGGAUUGGCUUGAGGUCGAAGAGGGGGCGGCCGCGGAUCAGGAGAACACGAUGCAGAGUAUGUUAGACAUCAUCUGGGAGCUGGAGGAGGGGCCGGCUCCUCAGCUGGAUGAGUUCAUCGACUGGCGGCAAGCGGAGACUCUGAUGCAGCGUUGCUACGACAUCUUCAAGGAAGGGCGGGAUCUGUUUGAGGCUUUGGUGGAGAGGGUGCUGACGCAAUUUAAUGUGUGCGCUCGAGUCGGGAGAUCGACAACCGCCACUUGAGGAAGGCUAUAUGACAGAGGCGCAGGCAGCUAAAAGGCAACAGCGGCAACAACGACAACAGCAAUAACUACUACAACAACAGCAGCAACAUCAACCACCACAAAAUCAACAUCAACAACGACG